GCGUUGGAUUAGCAGACAAAGUAUCAUGGUACUUUAGCCAUGUUCAGGGACCACUAGAUAAUGAUGCUGGUGUUGUUGAGGUCAUAUUAGCAGCUAUGAGGCUAGUCUCUGCUCUUGCCAAGACACUGGCUAUGAGGUCAUUGCCAGAAGAUCCUACACAGCUAAUUGGUACCCUUCAUGUAACUGAUGCAUGUGGGGUAGUCAGUCUUCUGUAUGGUAUUCUGCUCCACCAGGGAGGCAGAUCAUCUAUGCCUCAAGCACCUUCAAAACUCUCACAGACUACAUAUGCCAUCACUGUUGCUGCCACCACAUUACUGCAUAACCUUGCUUCCCUCGAUCUCCCUAUGUUUCAGGGUGUACUAGGUAGUGAAGGCAUUUCAUUGGAAUUCCGUCAUAUUGCCAGUUAUCUCCUCUGGUAUUGUUCUUAUUGGCCUUGUGAAGACAUACUGCAUAACAUUAUACCCCUUGUUGGCUUCUUUGCAGUAAACAACAAAGAAAAUCAGAUGGUGAUACAGAGUGGUGAAGUGCCAAGCGUACUACAGCAGCUGUGCAAUCUUCCCUGGAAGUACUUCAGUGAGCCUAGCCUUACUAGCGUGCUCUUCCCUACUCUCCUAGCCUGCUGCCUUCAUAAUCAUGAUAAUAUGAUUAUUCUCCAACAGGAGAUGAGCUUCCAGGUAAUUCUUGAGAAUAUGAUAUUUUACCUGGUUAACACUCACCAUUACUUUUGCUUCAGCUUAACUUUUCCCAUGAAAAAUUUACUUUUCAAAAUAGAAUUCAUAAUUCAAAAUUUGUUCACAAAAUUAUAA